GGAGCUGGCAACUCUGGCCGGCCGUCAGUGGUCAGUCAGUCAUGACGGGGAAGGUGGCCAUGACGCGUCCUGACACAACACCAACUCUUACACUGGCCAACCCGGGUGUCAACCUUCCCUCUACACCCGGACGUGAGGUCCCGUGAGACUUUGUACAAAACCAUCAUGGCCGGCUCUGAACCACCAAGGAGACUAAGUGAUAAUGACCCACAUGUAGCAAAAAUGAAUGUUUGGAAUGAAGAGAGACCAGAUUAUAAAAUUUUGCUCUAUAUUCCUAAUAUUAUUGGUUACAUACGUUUGUUCUUCCUUCUGAUUGCCUUCUGCUACUUGCCAAUAUCUCCUGCAACGUUUGUUGUCCACUACUCCAUCUCUAUUGCAUUGGAUGGUUUUGAUGGCUAUGCGGCUCGUAAAUUACGGCAGUGUUCACUGUUUGGAGCUUGGUUUGAUGUUGUACUUGAUAACCUGAGUCGAGGCCUGCUCUGGACUCAUAUUCAUCCUAUGCUGUACAUGGUGUCGGCAGUGGAGUGGGCAUCAUUUGUGUGUAAUCAUUCUUUGGGUGCCGACUGGCAGCAUUCUCUUACCAGGCACAAAGAAAAAAGAAUAAUUUCAUCAAUAGUUGCUUGUACAUUGGCUAAAAAUUUCCGGAAUCCUUUGGGUGUUUGGGCAAUUGCAGGCCUUCACGUGUUGCCAGUGUGGAUCUUUGGAUACCAAUAUGACUUGUUUGGGUCCCACCUUUGGUUUCUUCCCAAGUUUGUGGAGCCAUUUGGAAUGGUUAUAUUAGGGAUGGGACGCUUGCUGUGUUUCUUUAUUGAAAUGUGGAGUAUAUGGGUUCAUAUAUCUUCUCUGCUGGUGAACACGUCUGCUGCUCUAUGAAGUCUACAGGUUAAUGUAUGGCCAAAAACUGUCAUGUGGGUGUGAAAGUGAACCAGGCACACUGUUGCCUCUUGAAUUUUGGCGACCCCGACCAGCCUGAGUUCGUCUCAUUUCCUCGGCCAAUAUGGGCGAGGCUAAAGCCCAGCAUCUCUUCUCCAGAAUUAUUAUUAUGGCCUUCAAUUUUGGACAGAUGGUCUCAAUAUAUAGUAUAUAAUAUAAAAGGUAAUAACAUAAUUCAUCCUGAGUCACAAAUGUAAUUGUAGAUAAAAGUAUUUAUGAAUCACAAAUGUUAUGCUGCUUUAGAUAAGUACAGUAUAUUCACUCAUGUUAUUGUAAAUUUAAUUAUUGUUAAUCAUUAUUUAUAUUAUACAUGUAAGAAUUAUAUUGUACUAUUAGUGUUGUGAAGGACCAUUUAAAAUGAGUAUCACACCUAACCCAUCCUCAUGCUGUAUAUUGUUAAACAGCAGCUACGUGUAAUGUAAAUCGGGUAUUGUAUACAAAUGUUAAUCUUAAAUAUUUGUAUUCACAACAAAAUGCAAGUGUAGUUUAUCAGUUAAAUCACUAACUGUUGACCUCCCUUUACCUUCUA